AUGCCUCCUACGAAAUCUUCCGAUAAAAUAUUUCCAAUCACAACCUUCAUCUCAGACCUGCCGGCCGACCUUAUUCCGCAGUCUCUUUCACCAUCUUCCGAAAAUGACCCCGUCAUUGGACGCUUAGUCAUUGUAGGCGAUGUACACGGGAUGAGAAAAUCCCUUGAAACACUCCUAGACAAAGUCAGCUUUGACAAAAGCAAAGGAGAUCAUCUCAUACUAGUCGGCGACCUAGUCAAUAAAGGACCCGAUAGUUCUGGUGUUAUUGAUCUAGCAAUUAAGCUAGGCGCUAGCGCUGUCAGAGGCAACCACGAAAAUGCAGUUCUCAAUGCGGCUGCGGAGAUCAACGCCACAAGGGAUAAUUUACUAAAUUCUGAACACUUGACUGGCAGUCCGGCUGUACCUGAGGACCCUGCAGCCGACCUACCCGGGGAUAAUCUCCGAGAUUUCGACACUCCCGACAAAUCAGCAUCUACUGCAACUACCGGCGCUACGGGAUCGCAUAGUACGGCAUCGGUACUUUCGACGCACCAACUCGACUGGCUUGCCGCUUUGCCUUUGAUCUUGCGCGUCAAGCUACCUCAUGUCCCAACAUCAUCCUUGGGUGACACUCUAAUUGUUGUACAUGCAGGCCUUGUUCCUGGUAUCUCACUUGAAGACCAGGAUCCUCAUGCUGUAAUGCAUAUACGGAGCGUCGUGCGUGCAUCAGGCGAUAAGGCUGGAUUCGUACCGGCUGAGGGUUCCGGAGAAGAAAGCUGGGUUAUGGAAUGGGACCGGUGGCAAGAUAGCCUAGCAUCCAAGACUACGGUGAUCUUCGGACAUGAUGCAAGGCGUCGCUUGCAGCUAGGUAGGUAUGCGAUUGGGCUGGAUUCAGCCUGUCUAUACGGCCAUCAAUUAAGUGCGGCUGUGAUUGCAGCUUCCGACACGGGGAUUGAGCAUCAGGUUAUUCAAGUCGAAUGUGCUGAUGCGUCUAUAGUCCCAGCGGUAUCUGUAAAUCAAGGGGACGAGGCAGCGGCUUUAUAA